UUUCUGGGCUGAUGUGUUUUUAGAUUGUCAUCCCCUCACUCCUACCAUGCAGUAGGAGGCAAAGAGGAAGUCCUGUGCUGCCUCUGACAUGAGUAAGGAGGAAGUCGGCAGUUUCUCUUCGCACCAGACUUGCUCGUGCUGCCAGCCGUGCCGAUCCAUUGUCGUAACGCCCAGCGGAGUCUAGGCUGGAUUGAGUUUGCUGUGCUGGAAAUCCAUUGGGGAACUUUGAUGAAAUCACCACAGACUUUUACCUAUCCUUUUUUCCAGAAUUCCCAGGAUUUUGCUUCUUUGAAUGCAAUGACUCAGCAGCUACAGGAUGAAUUUGACAGUAGCGUGGAGAAUGCAGAAGCUUGGAUGAAGGCCAUCCAAGAGAGACUGAGGAUCAAUGACAACACCAAGGGACCUCGAUCUGCCCUAGAAGCCAGACUGAGAGAGACUGAGAAAAUACGUGCACUGGAGCCAGAAGGAAGCUUGAAAAUGGACUUGAUUCUUGUAAAGGCAGAUGCUGCUCUUCGCAGCAUCAGUGAGGAUAAGAAGCAUGAGGUACUAUCUAAACUGAAAGACAUUAAAGCCUUGUGGGAAGAGACAGCUAUAUACAUUACUCACUGCCACAGCCGUAUUGAGUGGGUCUGGCUGCACUGGAGUGAGUACCUGAAAGCCCAAGAUGAGUUUUACGCAUGGAUUCACAACAUGAGGGUGACCUUGGAGCCUGACAUUGAGUUGCAGCUUGGCUUAAAGGAGAAGCAGUGGCAGCUGAGCCAUGCUCAGGUUCUGCUGAAUGAUGUCUUAAAUCAGUCAGUCCUGCUGGAAAGGCUGCUAGAGGAAGCUGCUUCCUUGUUCAGCAGGAUAGGUGACCCCAGCGUUGAUGAGGAUGUUCAGAAGAAAAUGAGGGUGGAAUAUGAAGGAAUCAGGGAAGAAGCUCAGAGCAGAGUGGAACUGCUUGAAAAGAUAACCAAGGAACACGAGCAGUACAACGCUAACGUCAACCAGUUUCAAUCGUGGCUGAAUGGUGUGACAGAAAGAUUAAACUGCUGCAUUGGAGAAGCAACCAAGUCUUCCACAGAGGACAAGUUAAAGGCAUUGAAGGAAAUUGCCAAAAACAUUAGGAGUGGUGGAAAGAAAUGGAAGCACCUUGAAAAUCAGAGUGCAGAGGUGAUUCAGAAUACCUCCCCACUUGGAGCUGAGAGAAUGAAGGAUGAACUCGAAAAGCUAAGAAAAGCCUUGGAGAAGUUGAAACUGCUGAGUAAGGAGGAGGAGGAGAGAUUGCUCAAGAUCCAACAGUCAGAAAGUGCCUAUGAGUCUCAGGCCAGACAAUUAGAAGCAGGCAUACAGGAGUUGAAAAAAGAUCUGCAGAGACUAGAAAGUGACCUGGACCCUGGUGAAGGUGAAAAGACUGAAGAUGACUUUGUAACUCUGUGGAGAAAAUGCAAUGCAAUGAGAGCAUCUCUGGCUGCAGAAGAGUCCAAGGUUGAGAGGCUGAAGGCUCAGCUUAAGGAACUGCUACGGUUUUCUCAAGAUGUGCAGCCACACGCUGAGAGUGUUGUCUCUGCAAUACAACAGUAUCAAAGUGUUAGAGGCAAGACAUCUAAAAUGAGCACUGAUACAGAAACCCAACUGAGAAGACUCUUCCAAAAUCCCCUGCAAGAUUUCGAACAGUGGAAGCCAUCAGUCCAGAUGCUCCUGGAGACUCCAGAGCCAGAGCUGGCUCACAUUGAGGCUGCUCUAACUGAAAGCUCCCAGUUCAAAGAGAAGUUGGUAACAUUACAGCUGAAGAAAGAUUUGCUAAACAAUGUCCUUGGUGAGGAAAGAGCGAAGUCUUUCCUUCAGGAAGUAGCUCAAGCUUCAAAGGAGAGAGAAAUUCUACACCGAACUCUGCUGCAAAGCAAGAGCAAAGUCCAGAAUUUGAUAUCGCAACAUAAGGACUUUGAUGCUGGUUUUGCACCUUUGCAGAAGAAAUUAUCUGCCAUCAAAGCCAAAUUAGAUCUAGAGAAGGAACCACGACCUGACCUCUUGGGUAAAAAGACACAACUCCAGAGACUCCAGAUUAUGCAAGAUGACUUGUCAGAGCUUAUGAUUCAAAUGGAAGAGGUAGAGAAGCUUGUUCAGUCAAAUACCACACAAAGGCAUGAAAUGAAUCAACUUUCAUCUGACUCUCAGGCCCUGAAGAGAUCAUUGGAGAUGAUGAUACAGCAGAGUGAAGAGCACGUUCAGAAGCAUUGGACAUAUAAUGACAAACUCUCUGACCUCCAGCAGUGGAUCACAGUAACCACAGAGAAGAUUAACUCCUACCAGGGUGCUGAUGGAGAGCAGAACACCGAGGGCAGGGUGGCAGAUCUUGAGAGAUGGCUAGCUGAGUUUCCAGAUAAGGAGAUCCAGCUGUACCUUGUGGAAGCUCAUGGCCAGCUGCUCAUGGAGAAUUCUUCCCCAGAGGAGACUGCCCAUGUCCAGGCAGAGCUGGAUCAGCUGAAGGAGUCAUGGAUGUCACUGAAGGAGAUGGCAGCUGGUCUUCUCAAAAAGUGGCAGUUAAAUAGACCAGUGGCUGAUAAGAGAAGAGCAUUUGUGGACAACAGAUGGAUGUCUGGACCUGCCUUCCACCUUUUAGAUGUAGAGCCCAACCAUAAGCAGGAAAGAAUAGAAGGGCAAAAUACGAGCAGCCACUUGAAGCUCCUACACAACUUUGAAGAGUGGUUACAAGAAGAAAACACCAAACUGACCAAAAUUGUUGCUGCAACUACUUCUUCCGCAGAGGAAAUUAAGGCACGUCAGAGCAAACUGGAGGAGCUGCAAUCUCGUGUGCCUUAUGGUCAGCAUCUCUUUGAGGACCUUCUUCAUCUUCAUCCUGUGAUUGGAAACUCUGAAGAUUUGGAGGACCUGCGGUACCGAUGGAUGCUCUACAAAUCUAAACUGAAAGAAUCCAUGAGUUCACCGAGCCCUGGAUCUUCAGAAGAACCAGACACAUUCAGAAAGAAGCGCUCUGGAGGCGUGUGCUCAUUCCUUCAUCGAGUGUGCUGGGCAGCACUACCAUUCCAACUACUCCUCUUGCUCCUCCUGCUCCUGGCCUUCCUCCUGCCCCUGGUAGAGGAGACCCACAGCUGCACGCUGGCCAACAACUUCGCUUCAUCCUUCCACCUGAUGCUGAGAUACGAGGGCCCACCUCCAACCUAACUUCUUGUCAUGGCAUGAGGUGACUGUCAGACAUAGACUGUUUUUAACAAUUGCAAGUAUUGUAGAUUUUAGUGCUUCUAACAAGCUGGACAGGUCACAUAAAUGCAACAUAAGAUUAGUCCGCUUUAAUCAGGUAUUUGAGCAAAACUAAUAUUUUUACAAUAUUUUAUUACGAUAUUUAUAAUGUGUAUAUAGAGAUUCUGUAUGUGUAUGUAUGUACAUAUAUAUAAAAAUGCAUAUCUGUGGUCAAACUAACAUCCACCAUCCACUCAGCCACUGUUGAAGGAUAAUCCUGCAAUGUUUUUGUUUCUACCAUAUUUCAGCAAUGAUUACUGAAUUAUUUUUUAAAUCAGAUUCUUAUUGUUUACAACCAAAGUCAGAGCAAAUAUGAGAAGAACUGGACAUGCACCAGACUGUAAACUGGAGAACAGGCACAGUAGAAUCAUGUUUGAAUACAGUGGUUGACAUUCAGUGCAAGGAAAAUUGGGAUUAUUCUAUUUGAAAUCUUGAACUGUUUUUACAGUAGCUGGAUGCAGGGAUUGCAGAAGUUAAUGGAAAUAUUUCUACUGACUUCAGAGAGAGUGGGGGUGGGCCUCCUCUUGUGCUUAUUUUUUAACAGAUUUCUUUUCCAAUUACUGUGUUCUCCAGCCCACCUGAAUCAGGAGAGUUAGAAUACAGUAGGAAGAGAGCUGGGAAGAAAAUAAUAUAUAUAUAUAUAUAUUUAGCAUCUCUAUAGCAGGAGAACUUUUUAAAAUCAGGUCAUAAUUUUCUGAACAAAUUCGUGAGCACUGAACAAAACCUUAUAUCAGUGAUCUUGUCUGUAAAAACCAGUGGGUUUUUUUGUUUGUUUGUGGGGGUUUGUGGUUUGGUUUGUUGGGUUUUUUACUUUAUAAAGAGGCAUUUGGUAAUGGAUCAUAAAGCCUGAGCAGUGGGAUGCAGCCUGGCUCAGUGUCAGCAAAGCAAAAGUUGGAACUACUUUAAUAAUACCACCCUGGAAGCAAGAUUCCUUCCUAGGAUGUUUUUAUAUUAAUGGUUUGUUAAACCGAUGUAAACUGAUUGUGUCAAAGACAGUCAAGCAUAGAUUUUUGUAUAGUCUAAACUUUAAGAUGAUGACAACUUACCGUUUAUUUACAUAGCCUUAUGCCUGAUUUACCAGAUUUUUAAAUGUACAUUUUAACAUUGCCUUUUAAUGUAAAAGCAAUUCUUGCUUUACUGUGAUGAAACCAUUCUUAGUGGUGUUUUACCUUGUAGAAUUCAGAAAGAAAAGGUAAUUUCUAAAUUUUUGUGCCAUUUCUGAAUCCCUUCUUGUUUCCUGUUUUUAGCCACAGAAAAAAAAAAAAAAAAAAAAAAAUCAGAAGAAACAGUUAUUUUUCCCAUCCUGGCUAUGUUGCAGGAGGAACCUGUCUUCAGGGUAUCAGUAUCGUGUAUUCACUGUCAUUUUCCAAAUAAGUUCCAAAAUAAUAUUAAAUCUGUUGUUCAGGUAAAUUAUGUAAUAGCUGAGAGACUGAUGGAGGAAGUCAUACUUCUUUAACAAAAGCAUGAAAGUUUUGAUGAAGAAGUAAACUUGGGUAGAAUAGGGAGUUGUAGCAGCAAGGAGCUCAUUAUAGGCACAGAAUGAGGGAGAACAAGCUGAUGUGAAAGAGGACUAGCUACAGAUAGGGAAGAGAGGUGUCCAGCAAUUUAUAAAGCCUAAGAAAGGAAGUCACAAUGAACACAGAGGACAAGAAUACACACUCUAUAGAGGAAAAAUCUCUGAAUCUUUUUAGUUCCUUCUCCCUGCUACAGUAUUGGUACUAUUGCAUAUUAAACAGCUUUUCAUCAGUAAGGUUUAAAAUGGGGUAAGUAACAGGGAGGACACGCUUCCACUGCCAGGACUCUGUCAGUGUUGCUAAUGAUGCUUCCAACUAUACUGGGUUUGUUAGAGUUGGAUAAAAAAGCCAAAAUUCUGCUAAAAGUGAAAAGGAGAGUGGAAAUUAGAGGGGAGAGAGCAGGGAUGGUAAACGUAUUCAGGUAGAGUGCAAGGGGAGCAUGAGGAGGAGCUGAACUGAUGUGGAUUAAAACCUGACUGUCAGGAGGUAGCAGAAGAGCAGGCAGAGGGGGGCUGAAAGCAGAAAGGUGAGGAGAGAGGAUGUAUGCUGAGCGAUAAGACAUUCAUAUCUAAAUGGGAAUCAAAGGAAGGCCUGUGAUUUCUUUCAUGAAGGAACCAGAUGGAGAGGCGCUAUAAUUUGUCAGAGAAUGGGGCAAAUUAAUUCCUUCUUUGCAACGGUUCUUUCUAGGGGCAGAGGACAUACCUCCUCCUCUCCUCUGAUUAGCUGUGCAAGAGCCAUGCACUCCCACAAUGUUCCUCUAAAAAUUGCUGCCAGCCCCGAGGGAAGAAACCCCCAUGGCUGUGCAGCAAGGAGCUAAUUAUCACACGCAUCUCCAUUUCAAAUUAAAUGUUCUACUAGAAAAGAAGUGAGGGGGAAGAAGGGCAGUAACAAAACCUGCUUUGUGUGGUUGUGGAUAUGUGUACUUGUGCGCACACUUUUCUGUGACAUAGCUAGGUUGCACUUCUCCGGGUUUUGCUAAACUGUUCCAGGUAAAUUGCCAAUGAGAAGGUAAAAAUAAUGAGGAAUAAUAUAGCCACAAGUGAAAAUCGAUAGGGAGAUAGACACAUUUUUUUCUCUGAAAGCACAAAAUCUCACAUCAGAUUUCUUUCUGCCCAGCCUUUCUGAUCCAGAUGAUUUCUGUGGGUUCACAAAUGCAUUUGUCACCACAGAAGUAUGCAGCUGGAGGAGAAAAUUUAUACACAGAGGACCGUAACAGAACAAAUGCAUCAUCACCUUGAUGUUUCAGUGUUGUGGCAGAUUUAAAAACAAAAAAACAAACCAAACAAAAACGUAAAUUAGAAACACACUUUUGUUGCUGGGUUUGCAUUCAGUUUAUACUGUAUAUCCCUUGUCUGUAAUCUUGGAAUUUUUGCUUUAAAUCUCAGCAAAUCCAUUCUCAUUAACUCAAGUAAUCUAAUUAUCUCACAAAAGUGAUGAAUCUUUCUACUUCUUUGCAAUGGAAACUAUCCAAAGCACAGGACUUUGAUGUUCAUCUCACUUAAAAUUAUUUAACUCUUCCAUAAUAUCAUUUGACCUUACCUGUCCAAUGCAGGUGUGAGAUUUUUCUAAAAAAGAAAGAAAAAAAUCACAAAAGUCAGCUUGAAAUGUAAAUUCAAAAUUUACUUCCUUUUUAUUCUCUUGUUUUUUUCUGAUAAGAUUGUGAUACUGUUUCCUGGAAGUGUGUGUAAAUAUUAGUCAUGUCAGUAACUGGAAUAAUGAAAACAAACUGCCCACUUCAACUUCCAGGAAACUGAAAAAAGCUUAUAUUCCUCAAAAUAUAAAUGAAAUCAUAUCAUUUCCAAAUCAGUCCUUAAAAUCUUGACCACUGUUUUUCAUGCCUAAAUCUUUGCUUACACAUGAUUUGGAGGUUACACCCUCACUUUUGUGCCUAUAAAAUCCCCUGCUCAUACAUCUCUGACAUCCAAAUGUAACUGAGAUUUGUUAUACAUCAGCUUCAGAUUGGGGCCACUGCCUUAAGACAUCCCUUGCCAAAAAACUAGGAUGCCCAAAACAGAUAAGCAUCCACAACUAAGGGCUCGCACUACUUUAAUCCAGAUCCAGAUCCAACCACUGUCAAAGGGUACUAAAACCCUCUAAAAUAGAUAGAAUAUGUUUGAGUUUGUAAAUUGUUUGUGCAGCUGGCUCAGGCUGCGUAGCCUGUACUGCAUGCGGAUACCCAGCCUGUUCACAGAGCAGAGCUCUUGUGCAUCUCUCUAAGCUCUUUUGCCUGCACUGUUGGACACAGUAUUUGAUUGACCACAUUAAUGACCCUUCAGUGUUGAAGACAAAAUCCUGCACUCCAGUGCCCAUGCAUUAAAAUAAGAAUUCUGCACAACCCCAAAGGCACACUUCAAACCCAACCUUUGGAGUGAAAGCAAGCCUAAUUUAUUAUAAAUUGUAAUUGAUUUUGUAGCCAGAUGCAUUCAGCAGAACUUUCUAUGACUACAAUACAGUGAGGUAGAAAAUUGCUAUUCUGCCGCAUGUCUAUUAAUAGCCCUUUCUCUGAUUCCAGCUAGCAGUUUGGAUUGUAUUAUUAUUAUUUAUAUAUGCCCUCUCCAGAAAUCUCUUUAUGAAAAACAUGUUCAGUUCUAUGCACAUACAUUAAAAAUGUUGUACUGCCGAUUUCUACCAACUAGUAGCUUAUUUGCCCUGAUUGAGAUACUUACUAAACUCAAGCAUUUGGGCCUGAAAAGAAAGCUGCUAGCCUAACUAAUAAAACCAGCUAAUGAUCAGUGAAUAAUUUGGAGAGCUUUUCGAAUGGAUUUCUGCUUCUCCUCAGUCCUUUUCAUUGGAUAUUUGACGACCUCAGAGAGAAGAAAUUUUUCUAAAAAAUGGCCAUCACUAGAUGGUAGAUGGUAAUCUCUACACAUCAGAAGAAAUAGUAUGUUCUCUUUAAUUCUCUAGGACCUCAGGAGUUUGAUCCAUCUGAUCUCCUUUUCAGUAUUAAAUAGGAAAUGUUUUACUUUGAUGUGUGUGCAUACACAUCUCAUUAGUGCUAAAGAGAUUUCAAGAGUUAAUUCAUAUACAGGAAUUAUUUUAACUUGUGUUGACAAGAGAGUACAUUGUCAUUUUUUCUCCAGAAAAAAUAAAACCACAAAGAUACCCAGAGCAAAUAAAACCUUUUGGAAUGAUUGAAGACUACAGACUGAAAUUAAAUUAUUCACCCAAGUAAACUGGAGAAAUAGUUUUGCCUUUCAAGAAAUGAUGGUAUAAAUACCCCAAUAAACAUAUCUUUGCCAGGCAUCAUAGGUGUCUUUCAGGUCAUAGGUUAUGUACCCAGCUGGCUGUAAGAACUGCUUUUGGAGGCUUUACUAUCUGUUGGACAAUAUCAGUUGCUAGUCUGCAGCUGAAAACACUUUGCUCAGUGAACUGUAUCAGAGUCACUGGGGGCUUCAAGGAUAUUCUUAGUAGUUCUCAGAUCAUUGACCUGCUCUGAGCUGUUACAAGUUUAUUGCAUUAAUCUAUCUGUCAGCAGUUGGCAUCUCUCAGAAACCAGUUUAUUAAAAUACUAAAGAUAAUAUUGUUGGUACAGGUAUCAUGAUUCACUCAGAAACCAAUCUUAUUAUUUUUACCAUAUUUAAAUAUAGCUACCUAUUGGUUAUACUGAAUUAUAAACAGAUUAGUUAGGUGCUGGGUAACUGUGGCAUGUUUUAGGCACGAGGCUUUUUGACUUGCACACGUAUAUUUAAGAAUUGUGGGUUCAUUUCACAGUCACUAAAUGGUAAAAUAAAACAAAGAUUCUUGAAUGUAGCAUUUUCAAGCAAAAUAUAAAGCAGUAUGGAAUAAUCAGUCAUACAUAUUUUUUAAUUAUCUCUUGUCUUUCCAAUUUAAAAUAUGAAUGUGUGUCUACCAGAGACUUAUCAGUAGAUCUGGAAAGAAAAGGAAUAUAUAUGAGGAAUAUACCAAUUCAAGCAGUAGCCUGAAUGGCACCUCUGUUACCUAAUCUACUUCAGCAGUUGCCAGAUUUUAGCUCAUUGUACCUGUGAGCUAACCACCCUCCUCCUAGUAAAGUGUGGGUAAGAUGAAACUGCUUUGGUUAAGGUACAACAUCCCUGUGGAAGCAGCAGAAGACAGUAGGUCUUCAAAAGGCAGCCUGAUAAUCUCAAUGCAAGAGAUGAACAUGUAGGUUUGGCAUAAUGAGAGUAACCCAGGACUGAUGACACGGGAACAAGGGUUUGCCGUCCUGCUCUGCCAGACAAAAUUCUGACAGUGGCUGUCAACCCUGUCCAGUUUCACAUGCCUGACUGUGGAAGGAGGUUCCUCUCAGGGUGAUUCAUUCUAAAUGAGAUUUGAGCCUUGGGAGUGUUUUUUUCUUUUCAUUAAAUACAGAAUAAACUGCUAAAUCAAACCCCUCAGUGACAGAUUAAUGGUAGGUAGUAGACACUGAUGCUCCAGGAAAAGAUGCAGGAAAUGCUGUUGAGAUAGAAAGAUAGUCAUGAAGGUCUCUCUUCAAUCCUUAGGAAUUACAGAACUGAAGUAGGAGGUUUUCUGUUCCUUUGCAAGUGAAUGCCAGGUGUUGACUUCAGUCUUCUGGAUUUUGGGGUUGAGCCUGUUCAGUGCCUUACUGAAAGGUAGUGGCUUUCUGGCUUCAGAGCUGUUUACAGCGGUGAGGUCCACAUCCUUCCUAUGAGUUCCCCAGAAUUGGUUUUAAAUCAGAAACCUUUUGUGUGGGGAGUGGAGGUUGCUUGAUUUUCCUUCUUUGAACCCUGUGUGUUGAAUCCAAGGAGGCAGAAAGACCAGCACUACCCUCUCCAGACCAUGCUUUGUCUUUCCUUCUUUUAUCACAGCAGAGGAGAUUUGGCUUUGUCUCUUUCCUAAAGUAAAUGAUCCCAGUCUUUUCUGCUUCUUUUGAUGUUGCAGUUCUUCCACACCCUUGAUCAUUCCUGUCACCUUUCUCUUAACUGUUUCCAGUGUCACUUUUUCCUUCAUAAGUAGAGCAAAGAAUCUGGUCCUGUUUCAAUAAACAGAAAUUCAGUAACUUUCUCCCCUGUUGCAGUUCCUCCUGCAGAUCUGUCUGUUUCUGUUGCUGCUUGUGUUAAAACAGCCUUCAUCACUAUCAGAGGGGACAAUGGUCAUUGCUAGCCAUCUCUUCCAAGUCUCCUGGCCAAGUCCUGCCCUCAUCUGCCUUCCGUGUUAGCUCAGAGACUGCCCUUAAUAUUCACACCUGCAGGUGGGAGUGCAAGGGUGUCACUUGACAAACAAUUAUUAAUAAUUAAAGUCUUGCCAUUAGCAUUGUUCAUAGCCUGCCCAGACCCUUUUCUUCUCUCUAAGCAGGUUUUGAUGUGUAAUCCAAUUACUGCAUGCAGAAAAUUGCCCCUUAAUCAGCACAGAGGGCUGGUGUUUUAGUUUCAGCUCUAUUACCCUCACGUUGUCACUGCCUGUGUAAGUGCUCCCAUGUGCUGCUGGGCCCAGGGCUGGAUGCUGCCGGGUGUGUGCCCUUGAGUUGCCAGGAGUGUUUGAAUGUCUCUGUUAUACACCCUAAUAAGCCAGAACCCCUUUUUUGAACUGGAAAAAAAAAAUGGCUGCUUUUAACAAACUGAUUUCACAACUCAUUUAUCAAGCCUUAUAGCAAACCAUUUAUUUUAGGUCCUUUUUGCUCCAUCAAAAGCUGUAUGUUAAAAGUGAGAGGUGAAUUUUGAGAGGCUGGGAACUGAAGGCAGGCUCCAGUGCCACCCACCCUCACCAGCACUUUGCUGGGAGGCCUCCAGCUAUAGGAGCUGUUAUUUUUCCUGAAGUGACUCCUGCCUUCAAAAUCAAAUUAUUUCUUUUGUCAAGUCCAAUAAGCAUUGAACACCACAGACUUGGUUUCACUACAGAUAUGAAUGAACACCUCUGUAUGGUUUCUUUCCAUUGCCAUGAAAUAUAUAUAUAUAUGUGUGUGUGUGUAUAUAUAUAUAUAUAUAUGUAAUGGGGAGUUCAAUUAUUGUUCUACUUAAAGAAAGGUGACAUUCCACUUCAAUGUAACUUUCAAGUGCAGCUUUUAGGAGAAACUGUCUUAAAGGGAAACUAGAAGAUUUAGAGGUAAGUGUUUUAAUAAGUUUUAAUGAAUUUAAUAAGAUUUGAGUUAAGGCUUCAGUCUCUAAGGCAAAAAGCACACAAGAUGAUUUUCCCAUCACCUUCCCAGAUCAGACACUGUAAGAGUUUAACCUGGGAGUCACAGCUUGAGCACUGGCUAUUCCUGAAGGUAUUUGGAUGCUGCACGUACAAACUGUGUGUCUGCCCUCCUUUUUGUACACGUGAUUGACUAGAAGGCAAAAGACACACCUUUGUCUUGCUCCAAGACCCUGAUGGUCAUUUUUGUCUUGAUGGAUGUAUUCAUUUUGAACAGUGUCACUCUUUCAAUUUUUUUUUUCCUUUUAACUUGUGCUAAUUGAGUCUAUUGGGUGAUUCCAGGAAGGCACACCCCACCUGCCCAGCCUCGGAGCUUCCCUUCCAGCAAAAUACCUUCUCCUCAUUUGUUUACUUGGGUGUACUGGACCACUAUUAAGCAAUUACACAAGCAAUAAUGCACCUGUUGCAUUUUUCUGUUCAUUGCCUUUUGUAAGAUGUAACACUCCACUGACACUGAAAAGUGGUAGGAGACCCAGAAGCUACAUUGUUUUUUACUAGCAAUAUAACCCAUGUACAGUGCUUCUACAGGGGACCUGUCCUCACUCAUCAAAGCAGCUGGCUGACUCAGGCCCAAUUUAAUUCACAAGGCUGGAUUAUAAACAAUCUUGAAUUCUUUUACCAACACUCCAUCAAUCUUGUUUCCAUCAGUCUUUGUGCUUUUGUUCAAACUAGAAGAAACUUUAAAGAAAUGUGCUGACUCCCAAAUAGAGUAAGUAAAUAUCCCAUAUAUUUCACAAAAAUUACAAUAAAACGAAGGGAUUUACUGGCACAUUGAACAGAAUUAAUAAGAAGUUCUAACUGAUGCAUUAUAAAGUUAUUAAAAACAGCCUGGAGUGAAGUUUUUGCAAUCAAACCAUUCUCUGAUUUUAAUUUAAAAUCAGCAAAUAUUGAAGUACAUUUUGCCACCUUCGUUUAGAAGUGCCCUCAGAUUAAAAUGUGAAAUCUCCCGAAUGGGAGGUUUAUUGAUGCAGAUCUAAAUGUCAGUAGUAUGUUCCAUGUUAGACCACCUGCCUCUGGGCAGAGAGGAAACCUAAGGCUGUUCACAAGGGAAACUCGUAUUGUGAAUGGCUUUAAAAUUCUUCAGAACUUCUAUCCACUUCCAAACGUCUGUAAUGGAGAGGAUCAGAAACCUUCCCGUGAACCCUUUGCAUUUUGCAUGUUGAAAUCUUGGCUUGAAUUUAGGUCUCCACCUCAGCUUCUUGUAAAUGUUAAUAUUCAAGUAGAGCAAAAACGUUAGAUGCAAUUACAGCAUGAACAUCUCUUCUUGUUUAUGUAUAGUAGCUGAUAGCAGAGUCUGUAAUAAUAAUCUGUGUUUAUACAUGUGCUGUUCAAUGUAACAAUUGGGUACAAAAUACCUUUUAACUGUCACAAGAAAAUAACUGGAUUGAUGUCACUUUUUGCUUGUAUGAAUAUAAUUAUUUGCCUUGCAGGGACCAGUUCCACUUUUGUCAUGUUAUUUAUGACUUUUAAAUACAUUUGUGAUAAAUUAGGCUCAUUUCUAAGGUAAACAAUACUGGAGCCAAGCAGCUGUCUCUGUACAUGUGCAUGUUAUCACAGCUGAUAUCAAGUCCAAGUCAGACUUCUUGUCUUGCUUGGAUUUUUCCUUAACUUUCUGGCUUAUUCAGGGAAAUGCGGACCAGUCUAUUUUCUUAUUAAAGAUAGGCUUUUUUGAAAAGCUGAACUUAUUUUUUAAAUCCUUUCUUGUUACAAUUAUUGAUUCAGAAAGACUGUAACAAUCAUAUUUUUCUAAACUGCCAAUUGCUUGUGUUGGAAAAUGAUAUAUUCAUAUAUAUUUUAUUCUACAGAUUUCCAUGUAGUUUUGAAACUCUGUUUUCAUAUAUAUGCUUCUAUUUGCUAGAAUUAUCUCAAAAAGCUGUAAGCUUCUGUAUUCUGACUCUAUGAAAUUGUGUAAAAAUGCAGCUGCAUAAAAAGACUGACUUUAUUUUUUAUUUUAAAUUGCUAGAGCUAAGUCAUCCUUAGCGUUAUGCCACGCAAGAUGCAUGAAAAGAGAUCAAGUUAUUGUUUUGAAAGGCUGGACAAUGUUGUAUGACACUUCCUAAAAAGUCUUGACUGAGUCAGGAGAAUUCACCCUAGAAAUGGUGUCAUUUCAGGGACUGAUUCUAUAGAUUAUUCACACUGUUUAGGACCUUAUUUCACAAGUACUCCUAUGAAAUUUCACAGGAAAUAUUA